UUUAAAUACAUUUUUUUUUAUUUAUAAAUAUCGUGGUUUACAUAAAUCGUGGUAGUAUAGAUAAUAGACAAUAGUUCUUUUAUUAUCUAUGCGUGGUAUCGCAUUCCGGUGAUCCAUGUUGUGUAUGGCACUGUGGUAUGUGCUCAUUCGGUAUUUUCACGUCAACGCUCACGAUAAUAUUACCGAUGUUUCGGCGUUCCAAGUUUUUCUAAUUUCUACACCGAAUUAUUACCUUGACGCCACUCGUUGUUGUCUUUUCUUGUGCCUAUCGAAACGAUCGUUCGUUCAUAAAUACCCGUGAAGCCGAUUUCGAGUAUACGGCGAUUAGUGGUCGUACAGUAUUCAGAUCGUGUUAGAUGUUUCACUGCUUACAGCCUAUAAAUACGAACAUAUAUCGUGUUGGAACGCUCAAAUAGCUACUACAUUGUACAUUAGUUCAUUGAUUUAUUUUACAUAAUCCAGUUUUGAGGUAUUUCAUAUAUUCACCAUGGAACAACCAGAUUUAAAUUAUUUAAAGAUGGUCAUACGCAGUAUUUUAACAAGCUCUCCGAGUAAAAUGACAAUAUCACAAAUAUUAAGUGAAUAUUCUAAUUAUGAAGGUUGUAAUUUAUCGUUUGAGCAUUUGGGGUUCACGACUAUUUAUGAGUUACUAGAAAAUAUGACUGAUGUUUUAAGGAUACCACAUAACCCAAGUAUGAACUCAAUUAUUACACUUAUUGUUGGUGAAAAAACUUCACAUCUCAGAGAACUUGUCAUAAAUCAAAAAACUAAAAAGCAGCGUCCUAGAAGAAAUAUUUCUACUCUAAGAAGUAAUAAUAAUCACUUGCUGAAGUCUGCCAAUUAUAAAUCUCGUGUUAAAAAUCAUAAUAAUCAUAGAAAUGAGUCUACUAUUUCUACUAGAUAUGAAUAUAACACUCCUAAAUAUGACUAUAGAUCUCCUAGAUAUGAAUAUAGCACUCCAAGGUAUGAUACCAGUGCUCGUGGAUAUGAUCAUGUUAAAACCAAAUCUGUAAACUCAAAAUUUAAUGGUACUGUAACAACAAAUCUCAGGAGUGGUGUAGAAAAUCUGUGUAAUACUUCAGAAAUAAUAAGUAUUUAUAAAUUAAAGAAUUUUCUAAUAAAUCAUCCAGAUUAUAAAAAAAUGGGUACAAGUAAUAUUGAAGAAUCUAUAAAUAUGUUAAAACAUUUUAUCUAUAUUGAUAAAGGAGGAGUACAUCUCAAAGAUUCUCCAUUCGAAAUAUUUCCAUCUAAGAAUACUGAUACAAGAAAAUGCACAAAGCCGAUACCUAUGAAUUUUUUAAAUGGUAUUGUUGAUGAAAACGAAGAAAUGUUAUAUUUGGAGCAAAAUGAUAAUUACUUUGAUGAAAUGGAUGAUUUCAGUUACGAAAAUCCAAACAUAUCUGAAAAUGAACACAAAAUAAGCCAAACAUCAAUCACUACUACACUUCAUGAUAACACAACCUUGCCGAAUGGUAUUUCCCCACAAAAAACUGAAGGUUGUCAGACAUUGAGUACCGAUGAUUUAAUGUCACAACUACAUAAACCGAAUCAGUCAGCAGCUCAGAACUUGGUUAAUAUGUUCAAAACAGAUUUAAAUAAUUCAGUGUCAAAAAAUAAUCACAUAGUUCCAACUCAAAUUAGUAUUGAAAAUAAAUGUUUGUCGUCAACAGUUCAACAAUUCACUACUAAACCUUCUUAUAAAAAAAUUGUAUCCAAAAAAGAAUGCGAGAAAAAUGGUGAUAUGAAAAAUUCGUUUAAAACACAAAAGGAUGAUUAUAAAAGUGCCAUUGUUGCUAUUAUAGCUAGAUCUAAUGAACCAAUUACUGUAAAUAAAGUGUUAUCUAUAUUUCAAAAGGAAAAAGGUUAUGCCUUUCCAUUUCAAAAAUUUUUUUGUAGAACAUACAUGGAUUUUUUUCGUUUGUAUCCAGAUAUGUUUAAAUUGGAAGAUCAAUGUUCCACCAACAGUGUUGUGAGUCUAGAAAAACAAAUUAUAUUGGAACCAAAAACAAAUAUUAGAAAACAGUUUAAUAAAGCAUCCAUAUUUAACAAUGUUGCUGUUACCAAUUCAGAAAAUAAAAUUUUAAAUAACAGCAAGAUUAUAUCUGAGUUGAUAUCAAACAAAAGUGGUGAUCAGAUAAAUAAAUAUCCUCUUGAUGAUAACUUAUGUCAAACACAAGCACCUUCUGUAAAAUCAAUAGAUUCAUAUGAAAUGUAUGACUCUGAUACAGUAUUAGAUACAAUGAAAGUUAAAAUGCGCCGAAUUUUAAGUAAACACAAAGAUGGUAUAUUAUGUAAUGAUUUUAUGGAUGUUUAUGGUAAUGAAUACAACAGUCAUUUUAAUUUUUCUGAAUAUGGAUUCAGAAGUAUGAGAGAUAUGGCAUACAAGUUACCAUCUGUAUUUUAUGUUAAAGUAACUGAUGAUGACAAUGAUUGUAUUCUAUUUGAAGCUGAUAGACGAAGUGAACUAGAAAAUAACUUAGAAGAUCCAUCACAGUAUUAUAAAAAUAUUCCGAAGACUAUAUUGUAUAAUCUUUCUGAUUUCUUUAAUAAGUAUCGGAAUGGUGUCAAAUUCAAUGAAUUGAUGUCUUUAUACUGUGCAGAAUAUGGCCGAGCUUAUGAACCUUUAAAAUAUGGCUAUUCUUCUGAAAAACACAUGUUUGAAGCUUUAGACAAAAUGGUUGAAAUAGAAAAUAAUGAACUGUUUACAAUAGAUCCUUUUGCCUAUACAAAAUGUUUAAAAAAUAAAGAUGAAGAUAUAGAUAACUAUGAUAAAAGUUCUGUUGUAUUAAUGGAUCAUGAUUUCUUAUUGCAUUACUCUGGCAAGGAUAUCUGCAAUGGAAAAUUUAGGUACUCUAAAAUAAAGGUGAACAAUCAAAAACUUACAAAAGUCAUAGUUGCUGAAAUUUAUAACCCAAGUUCAUUUUAUAUUCAAUUAGCAGCAGAAGUCAAUAACCUGAAUAGUUUCAUGGACAGAUUGCAAGUGUACUACAACAACAAUGAAGAAAAGUACAAAGUUGUACCAAACCUUAUUCUUCCAGAAAUGGCAUGUACCUCACGUUUUGAAGAUUCCAAAUUGUGGCACAGGGCUACAGUUUUAAAAAUUGUUGAUGAAGAAAAUGUGCAAUUAUUAUAUGUUGAUUAUGGAUCAAUUGAAGUAAUACCAAAAACAAAUGUAAGACUUUUAGCAUCUCAAUUUGGGGCAUACCCUACUCAAGCAGUAUAUUGUGGUUUGUACAAUUUUAAUGAAUUGAAUUAUUCACGAGAAAUAAGUGAAUCUUUUGCUGAAAUGACUGAGGAUCAUGUGCUAGAAGCACAGUUUCAUCUGCCAAAAUCUGAAGGUGGUUCUCAAAAAAUGAUUGUUACAUUAUUUUUGAAUACUGAACAUGAAAAAAUUAAUAUAAACAAAAAAUGUUCUAAAGAAAUCAUAAAUCAAUUAAAUACAAAUCUAGAAUCCAUUAGAAGAAUGAUUUACAGAGUAAUGCAAGAAAAACAAUGAAAUUUUGAGUAGAAAUGAUAAAAAAAGUAAAGCAACAAGAAAAGAAAAUGUUCUUUGUUUACCAGAUUUAUAUAUUUUUUUUUAGUUAUAUUAUUCAAUGUAUUCUUGCCACUUGAAGUAUAAUUAAGUACAACCUAGUAUACAAAUUAAAAGUUCCAUUAUUAUUACAUAGAACCAA